GCUGACUUUCACUCGGAAACCAGGAAGAGUAAUAUUUGGUGGAAAGUGGUGCUAUUGUCAAUAGCUCGGUGUCUCUAUGUGCUCUAUUCAUCUUUAGCUGCAGCUCAGAGCGGAAUGUGACAGGCACUGUCAUUGUCAGACGUGCAGCUGCCGCACCGCACUAUGGUUCCGUGUGGGACUUGUUUCUACGGGGAAGGAAAAUGAAGAGACGCCAGACCGGUCACUGAGAGCCACGUCUAAUGGGAGAGGCCGACCGGGGGGACAAGCUGGAGCUGGGACUGGAGUGACAGGAGCCAGGUCAGCAUACACUACGGUCAUUUUUAAAGUGAUGAACUGACACUCAGCUUUGUGUUGUCAAUCUGUUUAUGGAAGCCACUCCACCAUGCUCAUCCAUUGGCUUAUGGAAAGACAGCGAAUAUUGGGGAUUUUUUCAUUUUAAAGAGAGCACAAGUGAUUACUCCAUAUACAGUAAAGUGCAGAUAUGAGCACACAGCCUGGAUCUGACCUUAUUGGUGUCCAGUCUGGCACAGUUGUUGAUAAUGGGACUCCUCUCAAGCAAGAUGGACUUGCUGAUGCCAGAGCUGAGCUGAACACAUCACUUGGUGACGAUGGCAAUAUUGUGACAAGCUUAUGUUCUAUUAACUUGCCAAAAGAAGAAAUUAGUAUGGAGUUGAACAAUUCUGGAGACGCAUGUCAGAAUGGACCUCUCUCACAUUAUCGGGAUCCUCCUCCAACCACUGAGCCACUAAACGACUGUAGAAGUGCAGCCCCUCCAGGUGUGGCUGGUUUCAAUGAACCUAGUACUGAGGGCGUAGUUCUUAGAAAAGAAGCUUUGCAGUCGCUGAAGCUAAGCCUUCAUAUGCAGGAAACUGACCUGUCCUCCAGUGAUGCGUCCCUUCCACUUGAGAGAGAGGAGAAAAUCCGCUUGCAGGCCAGACGUCGCUUGGAGGAGCAGCUGAAACAGUACAGGGUUAAGCGUCAUCAAGAGAGGUCUAAUCAGUCGACUCCGAAAAGUCGCCCUUCAAGCACUUUGGAUCCUGAACUGAUGUUCAAUCCGGAUAAUCUUCCUCGGGCCAGUACUGUUGCAAUGACUAAGGAAUAUUCCUUUUUGCGCACAAGUGUCCCACGGGGACCAAAGCUGGGCAGUCUAGGCCUCCCAUCGUCUUCCAAAGUGAAAAAGUCCUCCAAAUCAUCCAAAUCUUCUAGCAAAAUUCGUUCUUUAGCAGACUAUCGUGUAGAAUCUUCUGAACCCAGCAAUCCCUGCAUAGGUUAUUCUGAUUCAUCGCCUAGCUCCCUAAAGCCCAACAGGGGGAGCUUCACCUCAGUAGUGUCAGAAAUUAGUAUGGAAGGACAGAAAUUUGAGGGUUACAAUGCGGACAACGGCUCUGAACUUGAUGGGAGUGAUAUGGGAAAUAGACUUGAUGGAAAUGAGAGUGACAGCUCUACGUACAGUAGUGUAUCUGCUGGACAAGGGUCUUAUUUUGUUGCUGCAUCACCCAGGAGAGAAGAGGAAUACAUUGUGAAUGGGCAAAGCAUAGCUCCAGAAAAUGUAGGGCACUAUCCUUCGCUAAGAGAUGUCUUGCAAGCUGCUGCUGCAGAACAACAAACUCAGGAGUCUGAGGGAAAUGGUGAACCUAGGAGCCGGCGAGACAGCAUUUCAAGCAGCAUUUCUAUGGAAAGCUCCAUUGCUGGGACUCACGAUGAACUGUUGCAGGCGCUGAAAGAGAAGAUGAGAUUAGAAGGACAGCUGGAGUCAUUGACAACAGAAGCCAGUCAGGCAUUGAAAGAAAAGACAGAACUACAGGCCCAACUGGCAGCAGUGAACACCAGGCUUCAAGCUGAGGUUGAACAAAGCCUGUCUAGCCAACACAGGCAAGAGACCUUGAGCUCGGAGGUUGUCACCCUGAAGAAGUCCUGCCUAGAGCUGGAGAGGGCCAUGGCAGAUCUUCAGAACUCAUUGGAAGUAAAGAAUACCGGACUGGCCUCUUUAACCAACGAUUUGCAGGUAGCUGAAGAGCAGUAUCAGAGGUUGAUGAGCAAAGUGGAAGAGUUGCAGAGAGCCAUUAUUCAAAAGGAUAACACAGUUCAUGAUCUGCGACAGAAGACUGUUUCUCUACAGAACCAGCUACAGCAAGUGCAACUGGAUCGUACUACACUAACUAACAAGCUCAAAGCCUCAAAAGCAGAAAUAUCCUCUUUGCAACAGGCACGUGAGUGGUACCAACAACAGCUUACAUUGGCUCAAGAAGCUCGGGUCCGACUACAGAGCGAGAUGGCAAACAUGCAGGCCGGACAAAUGACCCAAGCUGGGGUUUUAGAGCACCUUAAAAUAGAAAAUGUAACACUCUCACAUCAACUGACAGAGACACAGCACAGGACAAUCAAGGAAAAAGAGCGCAUUGCUGUACAACUCCAGAAUAUUGAGACUGACAUGUUGGAUCAGGAGGCUGCUUUCCAUCAGAUACAGGAAGCAAAGAACAUGGUGGAAGAAGAUCUUCAAAGAAAACUUGAGGAGUUUGAGGAUGAACGAGAGCAGUUGCAGAAACUGGCAGAUUCCGCAGUUGCUUUGGAACGUGAAAUAGAGCAGAUGGCGCUAAAUUUGCAUCAGAAAAAUCUGCAGCUUGAAGCUCUUCAGCAAGAACAUCUUGAAAUCUUGAAACAGCUCACAUCAACACAAGAAAAUCUUCAUACCAAAGACCAGACACUAAAUGACCUCCAGAUGCGGUAUGAUGAACUUGAGGCCAGGCUUGUGGAACUUCAGAAUGAUGUUUCCUCGAAGGAUGACACAAUUCAGUAUCUACAAAAUCAGAAAAUUGUUUUAGAAGUGGCAUUGCAGACUGCCAAGGUGGAACAAGAAAGUUUAGACCAAGGAGCCAAACGUUUGGAAGAAGGGACUGAAGCUGCGGCAGAAAUUUUGGAACAGUUGCGCCAGGACCUUGCAUUUAAAUCUGGACAGGUGGAGGCAUUGCAGCAAGAGAAUGCAACUUUAAAAAAACAGACCCAGAAAGUGAAGGAACAAUUUGUCCAGCAAAAAGUGAUGGUCGAAGCAUACCGCCGAGAUGCUAGUUCAAAGGACCAACUGAUUAGUGAGCUAAAAGCCACCAAAAAAAAGCUUGACUCUGAGGUGAAAGAACUAAGAAAAGAGCUGCUGAAGGUCCAUGGAGAGAAAACGGCAGCAGAGGUGGAGCAAGCCCGGGUUGUGAAGGAAAUGUUAAAAGUGCAACAACAAAUGGAUGAACUUGAAUUACAUCUUCAGGCUGCUCAGAAUGACAGAGAUGACAUGGAAAUCCGUUUACAGUCUAUGCAGUAUGACAAAGAUCAGAUAACCACACUGACCCAGGAUAAUGCUGCACUUCGGGAACAAAUAGAAAUGUUACAGAAUGAAGCAAAGACGGCAAUUACUGAGCAAAAACAGAGAAUGAAGAGGAUAGGCACAGAUCUGACGAGUGCUCAGAAGGAAAUGAAAGCCAAACACAAAGCUUAUGAGAAUGCAGUGGGGAUCCUAAGUCGUCGCCUCCAAGAAGCUUUGACAGCAAAAGAAGCUGCAGAAGCAGAGCUCAAAAAGCUCAAAGCACAAAUCUCUGAGGGUGGAGAUAGUCAAGCAUAUGAGGAAAAAUUAAAAGAAUUAAAAAAUGAACUGCAAUCUGUUAGCCAAAGUAAGGCCAUGCUGGAACGUGAGCUGCAAGAGGUUAUAUCACUGACUAGCCAGGAACUGGAUGAAUACAGGGAGAAAGUCCUUGAACUAGAAGAUGAGCUCCAGGAGUCUCGUGGUUUUAAAAGAAAAAUAAAAAAAUUGGAAGAAAUAAAUAAAAAGCUGACUCUAGAACUAGAACAUGAACGAGGAAAGUUGUCUGGACUUGCACAGUCCAAUGCUACUUUGCGUGAACAUAACAACGUUAUUGAAACUGCACUGGCAAAAAGAGAGGCAGACCUGGUCCAACUGAACCUGCAGGUACAGGCAGUUCUUAAACGUAAAGAAGAAGAAGAUCGGCAAAUGAAAGAACUAGUGCAGAGUCUACAAUAUGCCUUAGAGAAAGAGAGAGCAAAAGUCAACAGUCUUGCUGAACAGGUUGCUAGCACCAAGGCCGAAGCUGCACAUAACAGGAGGCACUACAGGGCUGCAGCACUUGAGCUUAGUGAGGUAAAAAAGGAACUUCAGGCAAAGGAACAGAUGAUUCAGGCACUUCAGGCUGAAGCUGAAAAAUUACAGACUCAGGAUAAGAAACACUCUGAAGAAUUGUCCCAGUUCCAGCAGGAGCUUGCUGAAGCCCGCUCCCAGCUGGGGCUGUUGCAGAGGGAACUGGACGAUCAACUCGGCAAAAAGCCUGAAAUCAGUCAAGAGGUGGAAGACCUUAAAUGGCAGUUGGAACAGAAGGAGCAUGAGCUUCAGUCUAUGAAGCAGCAACUGGACAUGACUGAGCAACGCAGCCAUAGGGAGUUGGAAAAUGUUCAGACCUUGCUUCAGAAUCUAAAGUCUGAGCUUGAAGUUGUUCGAGAGGAUCUUACUAUGACCCAGAAGGAUAAAUUCAUGCUACAGGCAAAGGUGAUUGAGCUGAAGAAUAGCAUGAAAACCUUGCUGCAGCAAAAUCAGCAGCUGAAGCUGGAUCUUAGACAAGGUCGUCUAAAGAAGCGGAAAGAAUUGAAAGGAGAUAUAACCUCAUCUAAUCCAGUAACUCCAGUUAAGAUACCAGACUGUCCAGUACCAGCUUCACUACUAGAGGAGCUCCUGAAACCUACUGCUAUAAGCAAAGAACCAUUGAAUAAUCUAAACAGCUGUCUUCAACAAUUAAAGCAGGAAAUGGACAGUCUUCAGCGUCAAAUGGAAGAACACACUUUUACUGUACAUGAAUCAAUGACCUCUUGGAACCACAUUGAAGGACAGCUACAGGACUUGGCCGAACCUGUCCAGUUGCCCCUCACUAGUUCUAGUCUCCCCAAGAAUGAUCAGAACUUCAAUAACAGUGAGCCAAAAAGAACUGACCAAUGAUUCUGCACUCUUCGGUUAUUUUACAGCUGCUUUCUAAUACUGGAUGGUAGGAACUCUGUGUGUGCCUGCCUAUACCAGAAACGUAUGCACACCAAAAAGCACAGUGUAAGAGGGUCUCUCUUAACACACCAAUUAUUUAUUGUAAAUAAUAUAUAUAUAUUCGGUAGAAAGCCAAGACGCUUGGAACUGUAGAGGAGAACAUGGAGGAUGCCUGUUGGAAAUCACACACAUAUAUGUGCCUAAAACAAUCCUGCUUUAAUGCAGGGGUCCUUCCUAUAACGGUACAUAAGGAAGAGUACAGUUAGCAUCUUGCAUUAUCGUCAAAGGCCUGUUCUUAAGAAAUAAGUUCAUCUGUGGGUCAUCUCAGGAACUCUCCUCACAACAAAUUAGACAAAGUGGAGGAGGUUUUUAUCAGAUGAACAAGGAUGUUUUACAUACUUGUCUACUCAUGUCGGCAGUCUAUUCAACUUAAAUGAUCAUCAUUAAAUGUUUCAUUAAAUGCUGUGUGAAUAAACCUAAAAAUAUAGCUUGCAAAUCAAUUUUAAAUACAACUUGUAGUCCUUUUUGUGAUGAGCACACCAUAAUGGAAUACUUUUAUAAUAAUAUGUAAUUAUUGUUUAAAGGUGUUUUCUGCAUUCAUAAAAAGUUAGAAAACACUCCAUUAGUGUGCCAGUGGCAGGGUUUCCUGGUUAAUAAGAAAAUAAACCAUCUGUGUUUGAUACCUCUAUGCAAUAAUACCAAUAGGUAUUCCAUAGAAAAACCUCCCUAGAAAGCAGAAGCAGGACUAUCAUCCUACUGUGAACAUUGCUUGGCAGACUGAAACCUAGUUAUUCAUACAGCUGAAUUGUUUCUGUAAGGCUGCAGAACCAAAGCCCCAAUCCUGAUAAUGAGGGAAAACUGGGUAGGGGAUGUCCGCUUAAGACAGAUGCAGAUGGGUCAGAAGUAGGUGGGGUGUAUCACAACUGGAAAGCCACUGUAAAUUGAUCAACCUAUGGCUAGGUAUGCUAUACUUUAUUUACAGGCCUUUGUUGUUACCUUUUUGAAUUUCCAAUUUUUUCUGUCUAUGUACCAUUAUGUGUAUAUGUGUUGUCUUGCACUCUAUAGUUGAUUUUUACAACUGACAUUGAUCAUUCUGAUUUUAAUGUACACUUUAAGUUACAUGAUGUUUCAUACUACUUUUGAUUGUAAAUGGAUAAUAACUUGUAUAUGUUUACGUUGAAUUUGUUAGUUAGAACAAAAUUAUUUCAUUCAUAUUUAAUAUAAUUUGUUUCAAGAUUUUUUUUAUUUUAUGUUCUGUUCCUACGGCACCUUUUACCUUACAAAUGAUUGCCCCUUAAUUUAUGCCAUGUGGGUAAUUUUUUAUUCUAACAUUAAGACCUGAAUCUUGGCAUUUAUAGUUUUGCUGCCUGCAUGAUCCCAUUGGGAUGGCAUCUGCGGCUAAAAUAGUUAGCAUAGUGCCCUCCUUUUACUACAACAUACAAAAUGUUUUGUUUUUUUCUGACACAGAUUUGCAGUCGUAUGCAUUUUGUUUAUCAGAAUUUAGUUUUUUCCUGGAUUACGGUUUGCAGAAAGAAAGGUGUUUUAUAGCCGACGCAUGUAGUGUGGUUUCAUUUGCUUUACUUAUAAGGUUACUUUCCCCUAUGCUGAAUCUUUACCUAUGAAUCAAAUAUUUGUUUGAGCUAAAAAUUCACACGGCUAAUAUGCUAGAUAUUUAUCUAGGUGUAAUAAAUUUACAUUUUGUAAUAGCAAUGCAAAAAUGAAUCUCGGCAUGGUGUAGCCAGUACUGUUCAAUGUUGGUUCUUGAAUGCUGCUCUUACAAUCCAAAGUGAAAAUCAUAAAAAAAACUUCAGACAACAUUAUAAGGAAAACUGUGCUGAGAGCAAUAUGUUGGCUGUCAUUGUUGACCCCCUCUGAAAAUGAUUAGUUAUCUGACAAGCUUCAGUCCAUUGAUUUACUAAAGCAGAACAGGUAUGCAGCAUGUAUAAUCUCAUAUCUGUUGUCUUUAUGUCUGUUCUCUCAUUGUAUCAGAAAAUAUUGAAACCAUUGGAUCAGCUUAAAAGCCAAGCAAACUAGCACUUUUAGUAGCAGAGGCCAGCCUACAAAUUUCUUCCAGCCUGUGUUUUUUCACUAAUGCGAUUUAUUAUUACAUUUACACAUGUGUCACAGCUAUGAAGUCAUCUUGAAUAUAAGUGACCCAGUAAACUAGCUGUCUGCUAGUGCACCAAAACUCUGAAAUCCCAAAACCGGAUACUAAAAGUGUCCUAAAUAUUUAGGGGGAAAACGUUUUUAAAUAUUGGUUGGCAAAACGAGUGCAGUGACUCCCUAAACACUUUUUUUUUUUUUUUUUUUCCUGUUGUUAUCCUUAAAGGAGACUUUUAAGCUUACUUCAUUUGUCUGCUCCAGUACUGUGCAUUAAAGGAAAAAAUUCACAAAAUAAUUAAAAAUAAAUGCACAUUUUGUUUUUGCAUGUAAAAAAAUAUGUAUUUUUUGUAAUGAACCUGUAAAGAAUUGCACCCACGAUCACCAGUGUAAUGCCACGGUCCUACAGACUGUCUGUGUAUUUGUCUGACUGUACCUCCAAUAGCAUAAAUGAACUACCACAGUGCUCAACAGCGCCAUGGUAGCUCAUUGAGAACUACAAGCCGACAGCCGCAAAGGCUGUCAGACCUUAUAGUGUUCCUAUUUACAGAACACUGUGGAUGGCCACAUUUGUUGCAGGGUGUGUGACAGCUGGUGUGGGGGGUGGAAAUACCCCUCCAGCUUUCACAACGGUGAAUCGGGGGGAGCAGGGGCCUGUGCAUAUGUUGUAUAUUACUGAAUACGGUUGUAACAUGUUACAAAAGGUGAACUUCUCCUUUUAAAGCAGCCAAUUCACCAUAGCAAACAGAAAAAACAUAUCUGCACCUGCUUUUCAGAAGCAGUGCACAAAACGCUCAUCAUUGAGGUGUGGAUGUACAUUUGGGUGCAAUUUAAAAGGGGGACAUUGCAGUUUGGCUUCUGAAUGAAAUGUGGUGGUGUUGGUGAUUUUAAUAAUCUCACUGUAUACUGAUUCUAGGCACUAUAAUGCAGGAAUUCAUUAAUAUAAAUUUCCACCUUACAUUUUUUCUCAUUAAUAUAAGUUUACACUUUACAUUUUUUUCUUUCUGUAUUAUUCCACAACAGCCAGGUUAAAAAAAAAUUAACAGCCACUUAAAGCUGAACCUUCCUCUCAAACCAAUCUUUCCAGUGACCCAGUGUCUGCAUUCUUCCACUUAAUUUGAAGCCUUCGGCUGCCUUGAUUUGCCAGAUGAGGUUACUCCUGCGCAUAAGCACCUGGCAUGUUGAGAGUAUACACUGAGCUUCUCUUCUGCAGAGUGUACAAUCUUUAGAAUCUAAAAAACGUUUAUUACAGAAGAGACCUAUAAAAUAUAUUCUGCUGUAAAAGUCUAGUGUUGGCAAUUAUUUACAUGCUAAAGUUUUGCUUUUUGUUUACGCGCUACACAUUAUGCAUCUGACACAUUACUGACUAGAUUCACAUACAUACCACAUACCUUCACUGACUGUUCCAAUUAGUACCCUCAAAAAUAUUACACUAGGGAUUGUAUUAGCUGAAUGAGGAGGUAUGUCAUACCUGUAUCAAAAAGCCAAUAACCCUACAUCUCUUUCCACUUUUUAUUGACUUAUCAUAGUGGGCACUUGGACAACUCUCCGGGCAUGAAAGUAGGAAUAGGUUGGAGGUGACCUACUUACAAAUGGUAAAAUGCCUGUUCAUGCCCUUAGAUGCUACUGAUUCUGUAUAUGUUGAUAAGCUGCAUGCUUAUGUACUUUGUAUGGUUUAUGAAUGGACUACUGCCAUUCACAGUAGCAUAAUUUCUUUUUUUUUUUUUCUUUUGUGAAGUUAUUUUAUUAAAAAAAAAUUGUAAUAUACAAUACCUGUACCUUUUAGCAAGGUAAAACAUUCCACAUUAAUAAAUAUGCUACCAAAAUUAGUGUGUGCUGUAAAAUGCGUCCAGCACUGCUCCGGUAUCUUGCUGGAGGCCACCCAGACCAGUGACUUUCUUAUUGAGAACUGUCCCCCUCUCCUUAGUCUCAAAAACGUUAUGCAAUUAAAAUGUAUGCAUUUCCAGUCUUGAUUGUAUGUCUUGGCUCAGCUAAGAAGGAAGGCUGCAGGAGCUGACAGUGGGUUAACAGCAGCUGAUGCUGACAUGCAGGGAGAAAGGAGAGAAUAUCAAAGAGAUAAGACACUAUGCUUGUAGGUAAACACUUUUGUGUCUCCCUGGCUGCAGAGUUUGUCCUGUAAUCCUCCCUAAUGUGUUAUCCAUUGGCACAGUCUGUGUUAUUCCUGUUUUUUUCCCCUCUCCUUAGCAGCAGUAAAUCUUGUUGAAAAUAAGAGCAACUGAGGCUGUGCAGAGCAAGAUGAGAAAGAAUAUAGGCACGUAUUAUUAGUGUUUUAUAAAGCUAUAUUAGCAAAGUUGGCCAUCAUAAAGUGAAUCUAUCAUGACUUAAUUUUCUGAAAGUUCCUCUUUAACAAACAGUCACUAUGGAAAAGGCUGAUGAUUUUUAAAUCCAAAUCAUGCCAACACAUUUUAUUUUUAAACAGCCCAUUUAUGUCUACUGUACUUCAAAUGUCGUAUUUCAGGGUAUUAUAAUGUUUGUUCUAUGGUACAGUUAGGUGUUGAAUAGUUAUAGUUGAUGGACACACUACACUGCCUAUGCUGCAUAUAUCCUCAUAGCAAGCAUACAAGUAGUCCCUAAAAUGUAAAAUGUAUGUUCAUGAUGUUUGGGUGAUUUUUUUUUUUCAACCCAGGAGGUCAUACAAAUUUUUGUUAGAUCAGUCGGCAGAUUUUCUUUUUCCUAUAAAUGUUGCAACAUUUUAAAUGAAGGUUCAUCCUCAGAAAACUGGACUUCAGUUUAAAAUUAAGUAUUCGGUUUCAUUAUAAGCCGGAAAAAAUGCAGGGUAACCUUUAAUCAGUAAAAAUGGUUAAAGCUGAACUAUUGUCAAAAAAUAAUGUUUAUUUAAAUCUAUUGCUCAAUUAAUAAAAAUCUAAAUUGUGUGUACUUGAUGUAUUUGCAAAACCCAGAUAUCUUUUAAAAGUAGUGGGAACAUAAUUUCUAUGCUGUACAUGUUCAGAGAGUAUAUUUGUGAAUGGGACAGAUUAGGUCCCCUCACUAUAAAAUACUACCAGUGACUCUGCUCAAGAGGCGAGAGAAACCCAUGCACUGGCUAAAGUGUCUCCGCACUCUGACAAAGAUCCAUGCAGCAAAAUUAAGCUGGUAACCCGGUGUCAUCCACAAAUAUGAGUCCUUUAUUGGCUACAUGGUGGGUACACAGGACGGAGGGCUAACACAUUUUGGCUACUUGGCCUUACUCAUAGCAAAUAUAAAAACAUGCUGAACAAACAAUCAAAUAGACAUACCUACUCUUGAACCAAGCGGAAGAAGCAGGAGAUAAUAAUUGAAAUCAAUUAAGUGAGCAACAGCACACAAUUAUCACAUUUAUAAAAUGUAAAGCUAUAUUGAUAUAUUCCCAGGUAUAUCCUAAACAGCCCCGGCAAUCAGAUUAACAAGUAUAAAUGAUUGUAAAUUGCUCUCAACAGCCACUGAUUAUUAUGAUUACAAGAGAUAUCCAUGAAGGAUGUAUGGUCUUUUCUUUUUAAGAUGUAGAACGUGUUUUGAUGGGUGAUAUGCAUGAAAAGUUAUUUCGAAAGAGAGAUGUGUUGGAUUUACACCAUACAAACCAGGGCACCCAACAGUCUUAAAGCGUUUGUUAACCCCCCAAAAAAUUGACCCUGUUCCUUUAAAGCAUGUUAUACGGCACAUUGCUUGUGCUGUGUCAUUUGGCCCCCCGUAACGUCUGACCCUGACAGUUUCUACUUUCCCCUCUGUACGCUGACCUCGAUAUAUUGGGGCUACUGAGCCCUAAAACCGUGGUCAACGUAUGUGCCUCCAUCAUCCGUUGCUAUCUGCAGCUCUUUUGUGUCUACCUCUGUCCUCCUCUCCUCCCUGCCUGUCAGUUCUCACUAGUGCUGCUCUGCUCCUCUCCCUGCUGCUUCAAAACUAUCUGACCUUUUAUAUCAUCCCCUCUGUCAGAUAAAAAUGUAUCUUAGUACCUGUGCUUUAUACAAAAAAAAAAAAGCAGAUUUCUAUCUGUUUUACCAGCGUCUCCCAGCGAUCACGUGACUCCAGGCUCGCCUCCCCGGCUGAUGUUGGCAAGGGAAUCUCGGCCCUCAGCCCUGCCCUCUGGAGCUAUCCGGUGGGGAGAGCAGAGAGGCUGGCGUCAUGUGAUUGCUGGGAGAUGCUAAA